CAACCGACCAAAAGAAAUUAAAGAAAAAUCCUGCAAUUUGUACAAAACUUGGUGGUUUUGUACGUCAAGUUGUUAAAGCUAUUCUCGUCGCUCAAGAUGAUGAAAAAGAUACCCAAAAUGUAAUUAGAAAGUUCAAUGAAUAUACCAGAGAUCUAGAAAUUCUGACUAAGCUUGGAAUCGUAGGAUUGUUACCAGUGCAGGAACUUUUAGAGUGA